GUGGUGCCUGUGCUGCGGAUCGGACUGGGCAUGCUCUCUUGCAUACCCUUUAUGGACAAGCUAUGAAGCAUAACACACACUUCUUUGUUGAAUACUUGGCUCUCGAUUUGCUCAUGGCUAGUGAUGGCAGUUGCCAGGGUGUUAUUGCACUAAACAUGGAAGAUGGAACACUCCAUCGUUUCCGCUCUGCACAAACAAUUUUGGCCACUGGGGGUUAUGGAAGAGCAUACUUCUCUGCAACCUCAGCACAUACAUGCACAUAACCUCUCAUCACCGAAGGAUCCCGAGGUGAAGGUGUGGUAUUCUUAGAAACAGUGAAGGUGAACGAUUUAUGGAACGAUAUGCUCCAACUGCCAAAGAUCUUGCAUCAAGAGAUGUUGUGUCCAGAUCUGUGACUAUGGAAAUCAGGGAAGGUCGUGGUGUAGGAUCAUAUCUAUCUCCAUUUGAAUCAUCUUCCACCAGAAGUUCUGAAAGAAAGGCUUCCAGGAGACAGCUGCAAUUUUUGCUGGUGUUGAUGUCACCAAAGAGCCAAUUCCAGUCUUGCCCACUGUUCACUACAACAUGGGUGGUAUCCCAACGGCGAGAUGCAGUGGUUCCUGGGCUUAUGGCUGCUGGGGAGGCAGCUUGUGCAUCUGUUCAUGGUGCCAACAGGCUUGGUGCAAAUUCUCUCCUCGACAUUCUUGUGUUUGGUCGUGCUUGUGCAAAUAGGGUUGCCGAGAUAAGCAAACCAGGUGAGACUCUAGAGGAGAAUGCAGGAAAGAAGAUAAUCGAAUGGCUGAACAAGUUAAGACACUCAAGCGGGUCGCUUCCUACAUCAAGUAUCAGAUUAAACAUGCAGCUGUCUUCCGCACCCAAGAAACAUUGGAAGAAGGUUGUCAGUUGAUUGACAAGGCAUGGGAAAGUUUCGAGGAUGUCCAAGUUAAAGAUGGGAGUUUGAUAUGAGACAAUAUAUAGAAACUGGAGAACCUUUUGAUAAACGCUUCCAUAACAAUGCAUUCAGCGGAAGCACGAAAGGAAAGCAGAGGAGCACAUGCUCGGGAGGAUUUCACGAAAAGAGAGGAUGGAGAAUGGAUGAAGCAUACAUUACAUUGGUGUUGGGGGUGGAUUUACAUCCUCCCUCAAAGGCCCAUUAGACAUUUAAUUAGGUCUACUUUUUUUAUAAAACCCUAAACAUCUUUCUUCUAUAAAUGGAGAACUACCUCCAUAUGAGAAAGGAUCUUGACCUCUUCUUAGACUUAAGAAAAUACUUUUAUAUAGAUUUUGUAUUCUAAGGUUCACUUUACCUUUGUAAUCAUUUUGGUGAUGAACCUUUAAUCAAUGAAAUCUAUUUUAUGUUC